AAGAUAAAUACCAGGGCCUUGACGAGGCGAGGUUACUUUUUGCUUCGUUUGCCUUAGGUGACUUACUCAUCGCCACGCUAAUCAUGUCUUACUCUGUCAAGGAUCGGUUUGCCAUUGUUACUGGUGGUGGCUCUGGUAUUGGCCAUGCACUUGUUCGACUACUCCUCGAUGCAGGGUGUUCCGUCGCUGUAGCAGACGUACGCCUUCGUCCUGAAGCCGAAGAAACGAUCAAAGAAUUCUCUCAUCCUCCCUCCGAUGGUAAACCAUCUGCCAUCUUCUGUCAAACCGACAUCUCCGACUGGGCACAAAUCUCAGCACUAUGGAAGAUUGCUCUCGAGAAAUUCGGCCGCAUUGAUAUCGUGGUGAACAGUGCAGGAGUAUAUGAGCCACCAUCAAGUUCCUUCUGGAACCCUCCUGGCAUUUCGCCUCUUGCAGAGGACCCUGAGGAUGCACAGGUUGGCCAGUACAAAACUUUCGCCAUCAAUACCAUUGGGCCAAUUAGACUGGCGCAGAUUGCGAUUGACUACUGGCAGCAACAUCCAGAGGUUCAAGGUAAUAUGUUGUUUGUUGCUAGUAUGGGUGGUUACAUGCAUUCUAUGCAGACGCCUUUGUACUUUGCAAGCAAGGCUGCUCUUGUAAGCAUGGUCAAGUCUCUCAGUGGACUGAAGAGGGCACUUGGUGUCCGCAACGCAGCCAUCUGCCCUGGCCCGGCUCACACACCAAUCUUCGAGCAAGAAUACUGCCGCGACAGACUCCAACGCGGCGAUGUGGCAUUGGAACCAGAACAUGUUGCUGAGUUGACCCUCAAGGUGCUCCAAGAGUCUCAGUAUGGGGACGGAAACAUCGUUGAGAUUAUGAUGAUCGGUUCAAAGGAAGAGCAGUCUGUCCAUGUCCGUGAAGUCAGCUUAGAAGCUUUAUACCCUACCGUAGGUCCUUUGGAUAUGGGAACCCGAGCCAUGGCGGAGGAGUUGAAGUUCUUUGAGACAGUGAAGGAGAAGGGCAUGCGUUCUUCAUGUCAGAUAUAA